CUGGUGGCCCGACCCGCGCCGCCCGCGGCUCCCUUUCGCCGUCUCCAGCCUCAGUCCCUCUCUGUCUCUCUCUUAGUCUCUCUCCCUGUCCCCACCGGCCGCUCCUCCGAGAUGACGCCGGGGUCGGUGCCCCGGGCCUGCCCUCUCCCCUGGCUCCAGAGCUAGGCGGGACCGAGGGCUGCCCCAGACAGACGGACCCGCGGACCCACAGACCCCGCGCCCAGGACAGGAGCCGCGCCGCUCUCAGCUGGCAGUCCGUCACCAUGGACCCUCCAUCCCUCGACACAGCCAUCCAGCAUGCCCUGGCGGGCCUCUAUCCUCCUUUCGAGGCCACGGCACCCACCGUCCUGGGUCAGGUGUUCCGUCUCCUGGACUCUGGCUUCCAGGGGGAUGGGCUGAGCUUCCUUCUGGAUUUCCUGAUCCCUGCCAAGCGCCUGUGUGAGCAAGUGCGAGAAGCAGCCUGUGCUCCCUACUCACACUGCCUCUUCUUACACGAGGGCUGGCCGCUCUGUCUGAGGGAUGAAGUUGUGGUCCACUUGGCACCCCUCAACCCUCUCUUAUUGCGCCAGGGUGACUUCUACCUCCAAGUGGAGCCCCGGGAGGAGCAGUCUGUCUGCAUCAUGAUCAAAUGCCUCUCCCUGGACCUCCACACAGUGGACAAGAAGCCUGUUCCUGAGCCAGCCUACCCUAUACUUUUCACCCAAGAAUGGCUGGAGGCCAUCAACAGCGACUUUGAGGGAAGUCCCCUACACAACUGCUUGGUAGCAUCAGAAAAUGGGAUUGCUCCUGUGCCUUGGACCAAGAUAACCAGCCCAGAGUUUGUGGAUGACAGACCCCAAGUAGUGAAUGCCCUCGGCCAAGCCUGGGGGCCCCUUCCAUUAGAGGCACUGGAUUUGAGCAGCCCUCAAGAGUUGCACCAGGCCAGCUCCCCGGACAACCAGGUGCUUCUUGCCCAGAGUUUGGCCAAGAGUAAGGGCAGGACAUAUGGGAGCAAGUAUCCAGGACUCAUCAAGGUGGAGCAAGCCAAGCCUGGGGAGGCGGCCUUCAGGAUGGACGAGGUGAUCAGCCAGGACUUUGAGGGAGACUAUGUGGCUCUCCUAGGCUUUUCCCAAGAGAGCAGAGGAGAGUCUCCCAGCAGGGAGGUGGGCACAUCCAGUGGGUGUACUUCUGGGGCACUAGAGGAGAUAUCUGGAACUAAGGAAACUCCCUUAUUUCAAAAGAUACUGCCUCUCUCAGAGGCCAAUGAAGGACCUUCCUUGGGAAAUUGGGAUUGCACGAAGCCAGAAAGCUCUGAGGAGGAGCCCUGCAAUUUGGACUUGAGGAGAAAGGCCAAUGAUAAAGCACCCACCCACAACUCAGAAAGGCUGCCCCAAGGCUCCUACAUGAAUGUCCUUGAGGACCCACUGGACUGUGCCUCUGGCCUCAGGGCAGGUGUCUCACAAGAGCCAGCUGCCUCCAAGAUGCAGGGACCUCUAGGAAGCCCAGAGAAUAUGGUGCAGCUCAGGCCUGGACCAAGACAAGCUUCCUCUCCCCGCCUGUCCCCAGCCUCUCUUGCAGCUCCAGCCUCUGAAACAAAGAUGGAGGUGAAGACCAAACAGAGGAAUGGGAGACUUCCCAAGCCCAUGCCCUGCCCUAGCAGAAACACCUCCUCCCCUGAGCCCCCAUUUCCUGGGCUCAAAUUCUCAUUCUUGAAAGGGCAGAGGCAACCCUCUGUGACCCCGGAGAAGGCCUCACUCCAGCACGAUAGGCCCUGGAAAGUCCUGUGUUCCCUCUACUCUCCUAAACCCAACCGAGCCAAAUCUUUGGGGAAAGCUGGAACAACUCAGACCAAAACAUCUGGCCCAGCCGCUGCCUCCAGCCCACUGACUGAGGAAAAGGCUGCUUUCCCAGAAGCUUCUGCAGGCUCCCCAGAAAGAGGCCCCACCCUGGAGGAGGAGCCCCCAAGGCCUGAGCCCAGGAUUGGGGCUCUAGGUGUCAAGGUUUUCCGCUCCAGGAUAGCAUGCCUGCCAGGUGGCCGGGACAGGGCCGGGCGGCCCCUGCUUCUGGUGUCAACUACAGAGGGGGCCUGGGAGGCGCCAUGGUGCACAGUUUCAGAGGUCACCAAACUACUCUCCUACCUGUGCACCAUCCCCAGGCCUGAAGAUAAAGCCAAGGGGCUGGCGGUCCUGAUUGAUGCCAGGAAACAGCCCCCACAGCCUGGUCUGGUCGGCGCCUUGCAGGCCACCCAGGCUCAGGUCCCAGCCUCCAUCCGAGCUAUUCUCUUCCUGGGGGAGAAGGAGGCGGCUCUCCAGCUUCAGACAUUACCUGACGUCCAGGUGGAGGUGCUGACCUCAUUGAAGGCCCUUAGCCAUCAUGUGGACCCCAGCCAGCUGCCCGCAGACCUGGAAGGCCCCUUCCCCUACUGCCACACCGAGUGGGUGCAAUUCUUCCAGAAGCUGGACCCUUUCCUUGCUGACCUCCACCAGGCCUCUUCCCUGCUACAAGCUUCCAUUGAGGAAUUCAAGAAGGCCGACCCCCCUGGGGGGAUGCAGGAGGCCACCAGGUGCCUGAGCAAGUCCAAGGAGCUGAUGGAGGCUGUGCUGAGGGACCCAGGCCUACUGGGCCUCCAGCGGGAAGGUGGAGCCACCCUGGCCAGGCUGCAGCGUGAUGCCAGCAAGCUGGACUUCAGCCCUGAUGUCAGGAGCCAUCUGGCUGCAGCCACUGCCCUGUACAGCCUUGUGGACGAGAAGCUUCAUGUUCUGGUCACCGCAUCCAACAGCCUCCUGGGGAAGCUGGAGCUCCGUGUCCGCCUGGGCCGCCUGGAAGCCGCCAUUCACCAGGUCAGCGACUGGAUGGAGCAGGAAGGAGGCCGGUGCCUGCAAAUGCUGACCCCCAAGGAUGGAAGUUUGGAGACAGUGGAGAAAGCCCACGCAGAAUUUGAGAACUUCUUCCUCCAGGCUGCAGCCCAGUACCGCCAAGGCCUGGAGCUGUCCAAGCAGGCCGCUCAGCUGGGAGCUACAGCUGGAGGGGCUGGGGAGGCAGAAGGUGCAGAGUUCCCAGAGCUGGCCGCCUUUGCCUCUACCCAGCGGGCCUUCCAGGCUAAGCUCACCCACUUUUACAUGGCAGCCGAGCGGCAACGCACGGACCUCGAGACGCUGCUCCACCUGCACCGCUUCUGCAAGAGGAUGACCUGGUUCCACAUGGACUGUCAGGACCUGAUGGCCCAGCUCAGGCUGGACAAGACCUCAAGGGUCAGUCCUGGGGACCAGCGCCGCCUCCACCGCUACCUGCAGCGACUGGCCUCCGAGUUCCCUGCUGAGAAGCUCGCAGCCGUGGGGCUGCAGGUGGCCUCCCUGAGCCGGGCAGACCUGGGCCAGGAGCUGUGGGAGGAGGCCCGGAUCAGGCAUGAGGAGAUCCGGAUGCUCCUGGAGAAGGCACUGACACACAGCUCUUGCCCAGAGGCUCCCACUGCUCACUCUGCGCGCCCAGAACGAAGAGGGGUGGCGGCCAAGGGCCAGAGUCUGAGUGUAGAGGUCGCUUCCAAGGGGAGGUGGGACCAGCCUCCACUAGACUCACUGGGCAUGGACCAUUUGCCAAAGUCCUAUUGGCCUCCUGGGCCCCCCAGAGGGGAACAGAACAGAACUUUCCAGGCAGGCUCUCCACCCCAGGAAGCUGGCCGGGCUGCAGAGGCUGAAGAUGGCAAAGGUUCCCACAAGCUCCCUGACCCUGCCCGCGAGCAUUCGCUUGCCACCACCUUCUUCCGGCAGCAGCCCCCCAGGCAGAGCCAGGUCCCUCGCCCCACUGGGGGCAGCUUCUCCUCAGAGGGGACAGACUCGCAGACAUCCCUUGAGGACUCACCCCAGACAAGUCCCCUUGCCUCCCUCUAGCUGAGAGCCCCCUUCAGUGACACCAGCCUCCAGGAGCACUGGGACAGGGCCCAGCUGGAGGGGUAGCUGGGAGCUCUGGCCAGUUCCAGUGAGACGUCGCCAUGGAGCACUGGUUUUACAUUCUGCCUCUGCUGGCAGGAUGAGAACUGUUGACCUGUCCCUGGCUCCAGAAAACUCCUGGAAGACCCGAUGCUCACCCAUGCAGAAUAGCGAGAGUGGGCGUCAGAACCAGGGCACAAUAAAGGGUGUGAUUGGCUCCAUCCCUCCAGGCUCUCAUUGUGGAAAGACCUGUCGGCACAGACCCCUCCAGAGAUCUCCCUCGCAGGCAGGCAGACACCCACCUGCAGCUCAGGAACAUACACAACUCUCCCCUUGGGCACAAGGGCCAGUGUUGCCCUUAUACAGAAUCCUCAGGGAUAUUCGGGAGUGGUUCCUUGUCUUAGAUUCUAGGAAAAUGGACCCUGAGACGAGGAUUUAAGGAUCAGUGCGUUUGGUGCUGAUCCAGGAACCUCUGCUGGGGGAGUAGGAGGUGAAUCUGCAAAGGGAAUAAAGAGUAUGUUGUCAAGCAAGUUUUCUUUUUUUUAAUUUUAAAAAAUUCAUUGUAUUUUAUUUUUAGAGAUGAGGCCUCACUACAUUGCCCAGGCUGGUCUCAAACUCCCGGGCUCAAGUGAUCCUCUUGCCUUGGCCUGCCAAAGGGCUGGGAUUGCCCUUUCCGCCCAAUCCCCGACCCCACCAGGGACGCAGUCUCAUGCUGGUGUCCAGGCUGGAGUGCAGUGGCGCAAUCAUAGCCUCAAAUUCCUGGGUUCAACCGGUCCUCCCACCUCAGCCUCCUAAGUAGCUGGGACUACAGGCACACACCACCAUGCUCAGCUUAUUAUUUAUUUACUUUUUGUAGACAUGGGGUCUUGCUAUGUUGCCCAGGCAGGCUGGUCUCAAGCUCAAGUGAUCCCCUGGACUCAGCCUCCCAAAGUGCUGGGAUGAUAGGUAUGAGCCACUGUGCCCCAUCCUCAUACACAUUUCCAUGUUGGCAACUGGAGCUGGAUCUUGCUGGAGAUCUCUGAAAGACAGCAUGGAAUCCUCGAACACCCCCCGAGGCAUGAGGCAUCCAGGGCAUUUAUCUGCCAACCCUCAGGAGUUGGCACUAGUAGACGGCACGCACAGCCAGCUCCAUUGGCCUUGGCAAAGAGAAUUGCCUCCUGGAGCCAGAGGCCGGUUCCUGUGCUCAGAAGGGAAGGACAUGUCCUCUGUGCUCCCUGUCUCACGAGGCCCCUUCAACAGGCAUGGGCCUUCAUUCUCAAGUUCAAGGAACCCUGUGGAAUCUUGUCCUUGUCCUCCAGAGAAAAUCCUCUCCGCCUUAGAGGUAGGUCCCCCCUCUCUCUUACCUCCCCACCAAGCCUCCUGAACUCAAUGUCUUCUGUCCCCUUCCCUGCCCAACAUCCACCUCUCUAGGCGCAGCCUCUGUGGCCCAGUGCCAUUGGGGUUCUGUGGGUGGCUGGGUCCUGGUGGUUGGGGACCGUGGGAAGGGGCCUAUCUGUCGGAUCUUAGAUGGAUCAUCCAGAAGCCCCACCCUUCAUACUGCCUGGAGUGGCCCCUGCCAGCGCCUCUCUGGAGUGUCAUUAAGCUGAAAGUGUUUGCCUUACCUCUGCAGUAGGAUGCAUUACUGAAGUGGCCUCUUGGUCACCUAGCCCUGAAUUUUCCUGGCUCCAGAAAGAGGCUGGGGGGCACAGGUCCCCCGCAAUGAGGCUGUGAAGGGGAGAGAGGCAGGCCUGGGCCAGGCAUAGGAGGACAACUAGGGCUUCUCAGGAGCUGUCUCAGCUAAGAGUCACACACUUGAUACCUAAAACAGCUUCAGGAAUCUUCCAAGACUGAAGACUUCCCCAGGUGUGGUCUAGGGCCUGCCUGCCUCAGAGCCAUGAGCAGAGCUGGUCAAAAGGCUUCCUGGGGAAUCCUACCGAAGACAUUAAAAUAGACUCUUGGGGCUGGCAGGUGGCUGGAAUCUGCGUUUGUAGCCAAGUGCUCUUCCUGUGUGACUCAACGAAGUGGGGGUGCAUUUGGGGAACACCCGGGGCUGGGGCCUGAUUCCUCCACCCAAAGCCAGGUUUGAUUCUUGCAUUCCACUCCCUGCCUUCCAUCCAGACAGGCCCAAGGAUGCAUGAGGCGUUGGAUUAGCCCGUCUCCAUCCAUGCCCGUCACCUCAGAGAGGGCCAAAGUCUCUUAAAAUGCUGUUGCCAUAGCAACAGCAUCCAGCCAGUGGGGACCACAGGCAGGGAGCCACAGAACCUGGGGUGCUGGGAUGGAAACUGACUUGUGAGAGACCACAGCUACUGCUAGAAGGAAGGGGGGCAAAGGGGGCAUGGGUAAUCUAAGAAUCCUUGGGAGGGAGGAGUCCCCAAGGUUACCUUGUGCAUCCCUCUGUCCCCAGAAAGAACUGUACCCCAACAAUCUCUCCCCUCACUGCAUCCCCUGGGGAAGAAGGGAAUGCAGAAAUGAAAUAUCAUAAUGAGUAACAAUGUAAAAAAAAAUCGAAUAAUAACAGCUAACAUUU